CGGUGAACGGGACUUUUAUUUUGGCUGCCGGGCGCUGUGACGUCACACGCCCGCGUCGCGCCGCUGCUCUGGACUUCCGGCGGAAGAGAGGUUUGUUUGUGUUCGUUUGAAGUCGAUGGAAACGACUCCGAGACACAGAAGUCCUCCUGGUGCGGCGAGAUGGCGUUCAUUAAACAGGAGAGUGAAGACCUGAGGAUUGUAGAAGUGUUCAGCUUGAAGCACGAGGACGCUGAGGAACUAACAGAUCUGAUGGCAAUAAAAGAAGAGAGUCAAGAACUGAAAGAAACAGAAGAGAAAGAUCAAAAUGAGAGACAUGAUUUCUUUGUUGUAGAAAAAUCCAUACCGACUGAAACCAAUUCAGUUCAGAAGACCAAACCUCCCAGUUACUUAACUUGCCAUGAAUGUGGAAAGUGUUUCACAUUAAAAGUAAACCUUAAUGAACACAUGAAAAUUCACACUAGAGAGAAGCCGUUCACAUGCCAGCACUGUGGAAAGAGUUUCACACUAAAAGGAAGCCUUAAUGAACAUGUAAUCAUUCACACUGGAGAGAAGCCGUUCAUAUGUGAUCAGUGUGGAAAGUGUUUCACUAAAAAAGGAAAUCUUAAUAAACAUAUAACCAUUCACACUGGAGGGAAACCGUUCACAUGUGAUCAGUGUGGAAAGAGUUUCAGAUCCAUUAAACUCCCAUUAACUAUUUGUCAUUUUUUCACUUUAGAUCUGAUGGCAAUAAAAGAAGAGAGUCAAGAACUGAAAGAAACAGAAGAGAAAGAUCAAAAUGAGAGACAUGAUUUCUUUGUUGUAGAAAAAUCCAUACCGACUGAAACCAAUUCAGUUCAGAAGACCAAACCUCCCAGUUACUUAACUUGCCAUGAAUGUGGAAAGUGUUUCACAUUAAAAGUAAACCUUAAUGAACACAUGAAAAUUCACACUAGAGAGAAGCCGUUCACAUGCCAGCACUGUGGAAAGAGUUUCACACUAAAAGGAAGCCUUAAUGAACAUGUAAUCAUUCACACUGGAGAGAAGCCGUUCAUAUGUGAUCAGUGUGGAAAGUGUUUCACUAAAAAAGGAAAUCUUAAUAAACAUAUAACCAUUCACACUGGAGGGAAACCGUUCACAUGUGAUCAGUGUGGAAAGAGUUUCAGAUAUAAAGAAACUCUUAAAUCCCACAUGAGAGUUCACACCGGAGAGCAGCUGUUCACAUGUCAACACUGCGGAAAGUGUUUCACACUAAAAGCAAACCUUAAACAACACAUGAAAAUUCACACCGGAGAGAAGCCGUACACAUGCCAACAUUGUGGAAAAAGUUUCACACUAAAAGCAAACCUUAAACAACACAUGAGAAUUCACACCGGAGAAAAGCCGUUCACAUGUCAACACUGCGGAAAGAGCUUCGUUACAAAAGGAACCCUUAAUCAACACAUAACCAUUCAUUCAGGGAAGCCAUUCACAUGUGAUCAGUGUGGAAGGAGUUACAAAUAUGCAGAAAGCCUCAAGUCCCAUAUGAGAGUUCACACUGGAGAGAAGUCGUUCGCACGUGAUCUGUCUGGACAUGGCUACAAAUACAUUGAAACACUUAAUUCCCACACGAAGAGUGAACAUUCAAGAGAGAAGGGCUUUGUGUGUCAUCAGUGUGGAGAGAGUUUCAGCUGUAAAGUAAGCCUCUACACUCAUGUGAGACUUCAUACUACAGAGAAGGCUUUCACCUGCAAACUGUGUGGGGAUAGCUUCUCACAAAAUGGAAAUCUUAAGUCACACAUGAGAAUUCACACUAGAGAGAAGCAUUUAGUGUGUAAAGAGUUUCAGACGUAACCCUUGAUUCACACAUGAAAAGUACUUACAACUGUAAACUGUGUGGGAUCAUAGAAACCUGUUAUUAAAGUGCUAUUAAUUCACUACUAUAAACCCUUUUAAUUUUUUUUAUGGCACCAGAAAAUAGGCAUCUCUGUGAAAUGAAGGUGAUGUUCACACAGAAGUUGAAUGUGGCUCAAAUCUGA